GGAUGCAGUCCCUCGCAGUCACCAGCCAUCCACCGGGCGCGCUCUCUCCCUGCGCCUCUCGUCUGAACUGCUCCCACCGACGCUGCGCAAGCCGAUCCAGCGCAUGCACCAGAGGCCGCCUCCGCUCCGCGCAGAUCUGACAGACAGACGCGGUCGUGCUCGAAACCGCCGGCGUCCAGUGCAGCAGGUGCGUUGGUCAGAAUCUCUGAAACCUAGUGUGUCUUGAGCUUGCCAAAUAUGCACUACCGCCGCCGUGAACCUGUCUCAGCCAUGUUCACGCUUCACUCCGUCUGCCGGCCCCUGCCCUCCUUGAGGCGCUACUCUGUUACCCCCGCACGCGCGUGCCGUAUAUAAGACCCGUAGAUCCCCCCGUGGACCCCACAUCCCGAACUCAUCGGAAUGGCCGCCCUGCAACACGGUCUUCCCGUCUUACCCGAGGAUGUACUCUUCAACAUCUUCAGCCGUCUGGACAAACGCAGCCAUCUGGUCUCUACCAUGCUCGUCCGUCGCGCGUGGUAUGACAUAGCCGAACGGCUCCAGUAUUCGGACAUCACCCUCAAAUUCCCUCUGUUCGGAGAAUUGGGGGAUGGCCCAGCGGUGCGCUGCAUGAACACCCUCAAAACCAGAACCACCGCUGCCCAGGCAGUCCGCCAUCUCGCCCUCAGUGGCGCGUUGACUGGGGACAGCAUUACCCUCCUCCUCGCAGCGCUGAGCCAAACCACACGGCUACUAUCGCUGGAGCUCUGGGUCAGCAAUUACGGCUACGAAUCUGCAUUCCGGACCUCAUGGCAGGCCUCCUGCGAGUCCAGCCGUUUUCUCCCUCAGCUUUCUGCCAUCAACACCGACGACGCCGUAAUCGCGACCAGCGUCGCUCGGGGGCGGCCGCUGUAUGCCCUUGGCCUCCCAGCCUUAAUAGAGGCAGCUACGUUUGACGCGGUGGUCGAUUCGCUUCGUAGCUCCACUGCGGCAGUAACGCAACUUCGCCUGUACAUCGGCGUCCACGAUAUUUCCACCGCCGAGGGGAUUGUCCGAACUAUAUGCCGGACUUGUCCGUCACUCACCGUCCUCUCCAUUCAGCUGAAGCUGCCAAAGCCUGAGGACGUGAAUUGGAAUACUAUCGAAACAUUUCUGGACGGUGUAGAGCCGUACCUCAGUCGUCUUCACUCUCUCAGAGUGCUCAGUCUCGUCCUAAUACCCGACCCCGUAGACGUGGCCAGCCGCUACGAAGAGAGGACCAGAGAGAUGGCCCGCAGUGUAGUGGACCGGUUUCCCCAGCUACACCGCGUGGAGCUUCGCUGGCAUGGGUGGAUCGUCUCGGCAGAUGAGUGGACGCCGGUUCGGCGUACCACUCUCCUGCGUCUGCUAGACGUCUGGUUCUACGCCGAAACUCGUCACAGGCUAGACUUUACGCGGUUCGUCAUUCAAGCAAACUUUGAGGGAAGUCUAAAAUGAAUCUUCCCUACAGUGGCGCAAUCUCCUGACACGUUCCGUUUCAUCUACCCUUCUCAACCCGAGUAUAACAGGUGCGCCGAAUACCGUAAACUUAAUUGGUUGCGAAGUUCACCCUGAGCUGAUCCAGAGUUGCUGGUCGAGGGUGGUGGUCGCAUGGCGUGUGACCCCUGUAGAGUCGUUUCAUGCAUCGUCGACGUUGUUAUCAUCGUGGCAGGGAUGAUAAGUACGGCGGCUAGGGUAUCGCCUGACGAGCUUCAGAGCUAAUGACUAUCACUACAUAGAGUACUAGUUUCCGCGGGUUCAUGCGAACAAAUUCAGGUAGCAUGCGGGAUGGUUCCCACAUGUCAGCGAUAGCGGGAUACGAGGGCUAUCUGUCCACGUGCACCAUCUCGCUAUGUAUAUAUUUUGAAUUUGGCUGACUUGCCUCAC